AUCGUUAAAGAGUAUAUGCUCAGAAUGUAACGAGUUAAAUAAAGCAAUUCUAUUUGAAAUCAUUUGUAUAUAUAUAUAUAAUAUAGUUGUUCCCGUUUUACGUCAGAAUCAUACUAGAAUAUACAGCACUUCACUAAGAUAUAAUCAUGAGCUGCGAAGUCAAGAAUAGAAUCGUCUUCGGCAAUCAUAAAGGAGGUGUGGGUAAGAGUGUGCUCUUGUUCCAUACAGCUUGCGAGAUUGCGAAGUCGAAUCCUGACAACUAUGUGCUCGUCAUCGACUUUACAGAGCUCGGGGAUGUCAGUAAGCUAUUCCUGGGCGGUGUCGGGAAUGAGAGCAAGACAGACGAAGGCAUCGGUCAGCAGAGACUGGCUGCCAAUUGGAAAAGUGGGAAAACCACCACGCACCUGCUACAACGGGCAAAAGAAAGCAAUCUCGUGGAUGACCUCCCAGAGCCCCAGGGACAGGAUUCCGAUAAACCGAGGGAUAUGAUUGAUAUGUUUACCCUUUUAUCGCUGGGCGAGCACACUGGGGAGAUGAUAGAUAUCCAGCAGUUCUUCGUACGACCGGGAGUAAUCAGAGGCGACAAACACAUACCUAAGAAUCUGCAUCUGAUACCAUCCGCCGGAGAGCGUCAGAAGCAUGGACAGUUUCCGGCGAAAGAGCUGAUGAAUAUAAAAUCGUCUUUAUUCGAUGCAUUGGAGAAUGGCUUAGACAAUAAGUGGAUAGUGUUGAUGGAUACAGAUGGCGACAGAUCCUUCAGUGAAUACUCGCUAAUCGCUUUUGCGAUCGCACGGCACGUGGUGAUCCCGCUUGAGGCUGAUCCCUUCGAUUUCAAGCGUGUGAGAACAUUGAUUUCCGAGAUUAAUUCUAUGCAAGAAAACAGGCAAUCCAACUCCAAGGUGAAACAAAUAGUGUGGAACAAGGUGACACCUUAUAGAGAUGAAGCAUCCGAAGUAUCAUCGCUUUACAAACCAUCGACAUUUGACAUGGAUAUGAUCCUGGCCCUCAAUAAGUGUCUUCAUACCAUUGCUACUGACACGAAGGGUACUGGACUUUUCAGUGCCGAUGUAUGUGGGGAGAAUUUUACGCGUGACAUAUCUACGUGCGUACGGACUUUUGGGAUGUCCGGUGGUCUUGCUGGAUAUUUUGGGAUACCCUUCUGUACAGACGUGGUCGUAGCGGAAUGGCCCAAGCUCGAAUUGGAAGGAGUCAAAUUACCGAGCGCAAAUGCUAAGCAGAUUUCCAAGAUGAAGGCGAAUAUUGAGCUAUUUGCACAGCGUAUCUUGUCACAGGACACAGAAUCGCUGGCUUAUCAAUAAAAAUGUAUUCAUUCCCA